AUGAAGGCCUUUGCACUACUUGCCUUGGUGGCCCCGGCGUUCGCGGAGGAAUUGCUUGCCCGUGGAGGUGGUGGCGGCGGCGGCGGCGACUGGGGUUAUGGUGACAAGACGACUAAAGUCACUUACACUACAACCACGGUUUGCCCUGUCACUGAGACAACCACGGAUCAUGGUACUACCAAGGAGUACACGUACUGGACUACCUCCACGCAAACUGUCACCAGUUGCCCUGGAGGAGAGUGUGGCGGUGUGGUCACUGUGCCUGGUCCAACUAAAUACACUACCACUACGGAUGUCGAAAUCACCUACACUACCGUUUGCCCAGUUACGGAGACAGUCACCGGUCCCGGAACAACUUACACCAAGACUUAUGAGACUACCUCAGUCGUGAAGACGGUUGUGCCAACAACCUACUACGAGACAGUUCCAGGACCCACCCACUACGAGACAACAGGUGUUGUGGAUUACACAACCAUCACUUCUUACUGCCCAGUCACGGAGACCAAGACGGAAGGUGGAAGCACCUACGAGGUCACAUGGACGUCCACUUCAACCAUUGUGACUCAGGCCCCUACCAAGGUCUAUGAAACGACACACCUGCCAGACAAGACCAAGACAGCGGAAGUUACUGAUUACACUACUCUCACUUCGCUCUGCCCCUACACGGAAACCGUGACAAAGGGAGGCAGCACCUACACGACUGUGAAGACUAGCACCGAGACCAUCGUCACAAAGGUGCCAACGACCAUCAAGGAGACCGCUUACACUACUUCUCUGACCACUGCUUACGAGACCACGGAUGUGCUUGUGACAGUUACUCACCCGGAGUACUCUUACACGACUGUCAUCGAGGGAUCCACAACAGUCGUCACGCAGACCGGAACCAAGUACAUCUCGGUGACGCAGGUCCACACGACCACGGAGGUCAUUGCCGUGACCCAGACAAAGCACGCGGAAACAACCAUCGAGACCACUGUGGGCUCUGCGGAGACCGUCUCACAGUACACCACCUACCUGGUGACCCAGAACGGCACUGUCUACUCGACCAGGUCGCUGCAGCCGACCACGGUCCAGGUGCCGACGACCGCCACGACAUCCAACCUGGUGACUGCAUCAACAGCAGCAACGUCGGCGCCGGUUGUGACAGCCGGUGCCAACUCCCAGAGUGGCCCGGCGGCCGCCCUGUUCGCUGGCUUCAUCGGUCUCGUGGCGCUCGUCUAA